GAUGCCACUCUGGUUUUCUGGUGGUUAAGGGAUGGAAGGAAAUGCUUUGAAUACAACCGUCUAUUUGAAACUGUAACCUAAAUAUGGAUGUUUUGGUGGGGAAGUAGCUUGAAAGAAUUUUAAGAUUUCGUAUUAAAGCUGUAAACAAAUUACGCAUCUUAUUGAACUGAUGUAGACUUACUAACAUCUGUCAUCCUUGUCCCCCUCCAUCCUAUAAAGAUGUCUUAUGAAGCUUCUUCGAGACCCGGCACACCUCAGGGCUCCGUCCCCGUAGACUUCAGUUUGCCCGCCAGCUCCGUCUCUUGCUUAGACAGCUCAGCUGCCCGUCACCGCAUCGCUGUCAAAGCCAACGCUUGUGUCAAGAGAAAGCCUGCCAGCAAUCAAAUGUUGGACAAGAGAAGAGACCUGAGAGAAAGAGUGCUACUCAGAGACACAGAGGACAAAAUGCGGAUGAUGGUCACAAGUAUUGGAGAAGAACAGAAAAAUUUGCCCGGAGAACAGGUGAAUGAUUCAGACGGUGAGUCAUUUGCUUCUGAACAAGAGGAAGAGGGAGUGACUUCUCCAACAUCCUCCAUCUCAGCCGGAGACAUCUCUGAAGGAGAGGAACAUGUUCCCGCUGAGGAUCACGUCCCCAAGUCUGAGGUCCCAGAAUCCUCUUGGGAGCGUCCAGUAACACUCGAGCUGCAGGCCGAUGACUUCCUGUUGGACACAGGAUGUGAGGUCGUUCCUGAGGAGCAGGGGUCACUGCUGGAGGAAGUGUUGAGCUCCCUGAAGAGCCCUCUUGCAUCAGGACUAGCACUGGGGCAUGAGAAUAUGCUUCUUCAGAGUGAGGUGGAAUUCAUAAACGGUGAGAGCGUGGUUUCUCGUCUUGAGGAAGGCAACAAAGAUCUUCUCGAUUCCUCAGAGCCUAUGGUGACCACAAAGGAGCAGGUUCCUCUGCCAGACUCGCUUUCAGAGUCAUCUGUAGAUUCAGAAGAGAUCUCCGAGGAGACCACAGAGGAAGAGGAGCUGCUGGAGGUGCCAGAGUCUGCUGAUGCAGGUCACCAAGUGCCUGAAGCUGAUGACGAGAAACAAGCAGACAAGGCUGAAAGUGCCGAAGAGGACGAAGAGUUAUUAGAAUCGCCAAAAGCUUUUGCAGUUAAUGUGACAGAGCAAGAUGAAGAUGCUGUUGAGGAUGAAGCUGAAAUGGAGACAGAAACCAAAGACGCUGGAGAUGAAGAUGAUGAAUUGCCGGUGGUGGAACCUGAGAAAAGGGAGGACUCUACUAAUGAUGUUGAACGUCAAGAGGUCGGAGGUCAGACAGGUUCUCUAGAGCCUGAGAAAGAUGAGACUUCAGGUGACCAAAGAGAAUCAUCUGCAGUCAAUGUGGAGAACAUUCCUGAAUCUGAUCCGACAGUCAGAGAUGAUGUCUGGAGCUCAUCAGAGACCAGUGAUGAGCCUGAAGCCUCUGACGCUCCACCAGAGACGCCUGUCGAGGUCCUUCUUUCUACUGUGGCUCCUGUGCUAGAGAGUCCAGUUCUCCAUUCUCAGUUGUCUCCUGUAGAUCAAGAAGAGCAACCUGAGCCCAACAAGCUGGAUGUGUCAGGUGAGCCUCAGGAAGUGUCUUCAGAAAAACUUGAGGUUGUUUCUGAGCAGCAAGAUCAGCAAGUUUUUGAGUCGCCUACAAGAGAACUGACGGGAAUCGCUGAGGUUCGACCUCGGUUCACCAUCACCCCUGCGUGGCAAAGGUCAUUGGCUUCUGGAGGCACCCAAGAGCAGUCCCAGACCAUCUCACCGGUGCCACCAGAGACUAAUGCUUCUGAUGAAUCUCCCCAAACAGCUGAACUCAUUACUCCUGUAAAAGAAGCAGCCCGAACUCAGAGUUCUCCAACACUUCCUGUGAGGAAAGAGACGCCCCAUGCUCAAGAAGAGACCACCCUAGAGACCCCGUUUGGAGUGCGUUUGAGAAAGACUCCAGUCCUGCACCGCUAUGGUUUAGAUGGAGAAUCGCCUUGGACCCCCGCGCAAACAGAGUCUUCAGGGGCGCAGGAGACCCUGGACCAUGACCAGAGUAGCAGGAAGCCCAUCCCGCCAAAGAAGCCCGAUCUGCUAGUUGACACUGUGAUGUCGGCCAGAAAAAUCCCAGAUACAGGGGUAAGAAUAUCUGUUGGUAGCACCGAUUCUCCAAGCUGGAUCUCUGUGGCCAGACAGAAGCAGAGGAACUUCAUCGAGAACUCGCCAGAAAACUCUCCAGAGAAACUUCCCUCGCAGGGGGACGUCAAAAGACAGGAUUCACCGGACACUUUAUCAAAUCCAAUCGCCAAAGAGCAACUGACACAGCCAUGUUCACCUUUACAAGUGUUCUGCUCCCUUGAACUGAACAACACAUCCACGUUAGAGAAGGAAAGUAAGAGAAGCGCUAACCCGUCCGCUGCACCUUUGGCCCAAGAUGAGCCUCCCUGGCUGGCUCUCGCUAAGAAGAAGGCCAAAGCAUGGAGUGAAAUGCCCCAGAUUGUUCAGUGAAAAGCCCAGCUGGCAAAUGGACUUCAUAAUUCUCCUCUAUAUUUUACAUACACAUGAACAAAACUUUGCUUAAUCAGCCCGGUGUCAUUUAUGUUUUUUGACGUCGUAAAGCAGACGGAUGCACAGUAGACUGGGGCUUAUGGGUAAUACGUUGCAUUUGUAAUUUGGUUUGCAACAAAAGACAUUUACAUUUGUUCAGACAGACUGUCACAGGUCAGAGUUCAGAAUGCUUCAAACUGAGGAAAACAAUCCUAACAGGUUUUGCAUACAAAAAGAAAAAAACAUUCCAAAAAUUUGAAAAUGAUGAGCCGCCAUCAAAGCUUUAUUUAGUGUUUUUAUUUAGGACUGUGUGGAGACCGUCACUGCUCUUUAUUAAGUAACUUUGCUAUGUUCUGUUAUAGCCUUGAAAGUUAGUAACACAGUUAUCAUGAAUGGAGCUGAAGGUGUCUUUGUAUUUAUUUAUCUCACUCUUGUAUGUUUUAUGUAUUUUUGUAUUUACGUGCACAGUUUUGUGACUUGUACAUAAAAA